UUCUUCCAUAUAUCUUUUUUUGAUUUCGUUUUCUAUCAUCUCAUGCAAUCCUCGCUCUCUUUGAUGACAUCUGGAGCAAUCGGGGUUUAUCCACUGUGGUUCCAAUGGUUCACGACAGCAAAAUUGCUUCAGUUUUGAAUCUGCAGCUCCAGAUCUGUUACGAGAUUGGAAGAGAAUACUGUAGCCUACGAUUUCAUCAGUUUCAACACUGAUUUGUGAUUAAAAUUUGGAUUCUUGACUGGAUUGUUUUGGGCUGGAGCAUGCUAAACAGUAAGAGCGGCGGGAGGACUCACGGCCGGCCAAGGAUAGCUGCAUGGCAGCUAUAAAAAGGCUCCAAGAUUCUCCUAUUUGUUCCGAUCCCAAAAUCCAGUCCAGUUCCCUCUCUCUUUUUUCAAACCCUUUCUGGCCCACUGCGCAAGAGAGGAAGUAACGAGCGGAGGAGAAACCCUAAGAUCUUCGUCCCAAACCCUAGCUUCUCGAUCCUUUAUCGUAGAGAUGCUGCGCGAGGUCAUAACGAUCCAGGUGGGGCAAUGCGGGAAUCUGAUCGGUAUGGAGUUCUGGUAGCAGCUCUGUCUCGAGCAUGGCAUCGGCAAGGACGGCCUUCUCGAGGAUUUCGCCACUCAGGGAGGUGACAGGAAGGAUGUCUUCUUCUAUCAAGCUGAUGACCAACACUACAUACCAAGGGCACUCCUAAUGGACCUCGAACCUCGAGUUAUCAAUGGCAUACAAAACAGUGAGUAUAGGAACCUUUACAAUCAUGAGAACAUAUUUGUCUCAGAACAUGGAGGUGGUGCUGGAAACAACUGGGCCAGUGGAUAUCACCAGGGAGAACAAGUUGUGGAUGAUAUCAUGGACAUGAUUGACAGAGAAGCCGAUGGAAGUGAUAGCCUCGAGGGUUUUGUUCUGUGCCAUUCAAUUGCUGGCGGAACAGGAUCAGGUAUGGGCUCAUAUUUAUUGGAGACUCUGAAUGAGCGCUAUAGCAAAAAGCUCGUACAAACAUACAGUGUAUUCCCCAAUCAAAUGGAAACAAGUGAUGUGGUUGUCCAGCCAUACAACUCACUUUUAACCUUAAAGCGAUUGACACUGAAUGCUGAUUGUGUUGUUGUUCUUGACAAUACGGCACUAAAUAGGAUUGCUGUCGAACGCCUUCAUCUAACAAAUCCUACUUUUGCACAAACAAACUCAUUGGUUUCUACAGUUAUGUCUGCAAGCACAACCACUCUUCGCUAUCCAGGAUACAUGAACAAUGAUUUGGUUGGCCUUCUUGCUUCUUUAAUUCCAACUCCAAGAUGCCAUUUUCUCAUGACGGGCUAUACACCACUUACUGUGGAGCGCCAGGUUAACAUGAUACGUAAGACUACCGUGCUAGAUGUCAUGAGAAGACUUUUGCAGACCAAAAAUAUCAUGGUCUCUUCCUAUGCUCGUACGAAGGAAGCUAGUCAGGCAAAAUAUAUUUCUAUACUGAACAUCAUUCAAGGGGAUGUGGACCCGACACAGGUACAUGAAAGCCUACAGAGAAUACGUGAAAGAAAACUUGUCAAUUUCAUCGAAUGGGGACCUGCAAGCAUUCAGGUUGCAUUGUCCAGAAAAUCACCUUAUGUUCAAACUACUCAUAGAGUUAGUGGACUAAUGUUAGCAAACCAUACUAGUAUCCGACACCUCUUUAGCAAGUGCCUGGGCCAGUAUGAGAAGCUGAGGAAAAAGCAAGCCUUCCUUGACAACUAUCGAAAGUUCCCAAUGUUUGCAGAUAAUGACCUUUCUGAAUUUGAUGAGUCUCGAGAAAUAAUAGAAAGCUUGGUUGAUGAAUACAAGGCAUGCGAAUCACCAGAUUAUAUCAAAUGGGGAAUGGAGGGUCAAGGGGAUGCCAGUGUUGCAGCAGCACUAGAAUCAAAAUUAGUAGUGUGAAAAAACCUCAAUAAUUUCGCUAUUUUUGGGUGGGGUCACUCCCUCAGCCAUUCCAUCAGAAAUGGAAAUUCUCUGCGCUUAAGACUUAGAAGUUAUUGAACGGGUGCAGCCUAUACAAACUGAAGGCAACAGACAGUUGUCUUCUUUUGUUGAUAUCUAAAGAUCAAGUUCUUGGUGGGUAUGCAGUUCUCUAUUUGAGUCGUGAUGGUUUGCUCAGGACGUGUCCACAUAUGAAAUGCUGUUAUUAAUGGUGGAUGUGGUGUUGCUUGGUUUGUCAUAUGAAUUUGCUCUGAAGUUCAAAGAGCAUCCAAGACCUUUGGUAUCAAUGAUUUUUGGGAUUGUUUUCCUUGCACGGUUACGAUUGAAAGCUAUAGGCAGUUUGUUGAAGGCAAUGUUAAACGGUGCUUUUACUUGUUGGAUCUUGU